GCGAGAAGGAGGUGUGUGAUAGUGUCUCUGCCGAGUGAUCUCCGUUUCCUUGUUGAGCAGACAAGAUGCGGGAAAAUAUUGUGAAGAAUAUUCUCGUCACCCUGAACAUCCUGAUGUGGAUCUCGGGGUGGAUCGUAUUGGCUCUAAGCGUGCACAUGAUGGUGGGAAAUCACGCUCGGUAUUAUACAGCCAUUCUUCUCGGCAGCGAACCUCGGCUCCUCGCGUCCGGUCCGCACCAAACUCCUUCCGUGCUGGAUCCUGGGUGGCUUGACAAGGCAGAACCCCAGAGCCCUGCAGCGGGUGGCGACGGCGGAGGCGGAGGAGGAGGAGGAGCAGACAUAGUGGAAGUGGCAGAGAACGGGGCGUCCAUCGAAGAGCUCGUGAUCUCGGACGCGACGGGGACGCUGAAGGCAGAGGGCACCCUCCUCGUGGCGGGGGCGGUGGUGGUGGUGGCCGGGUUGCUGGGCUGCAUCGCGUCCUCACAGCGGGACAGGACGCUUCUGCUGGCGUCUCACCUUAAUGAUCUCAACGGUCUCUUCUCCGCCUCUGCUUUCACCGGCCUAUUGGAAAGGGAAAUGCCAGGCACGGAAGAAAUUACACGCAAGAAAAAGACCUGA